AUGCCUCAUGAUUCUCUCGAAGCUAAACGUGAAAUGUUGAGUGAGUGCCGAGCUUAUUACCGAAAUGAUGCUGUUCAAUUAGAUGAAAUCGAUGAUUUUGCACGUAACUAUCAAUCAAAAGAUGCUAUCCGUUGGUAUACGAAACCUGGAUUUUUAUUUUAUCUAGUUAACAAAGCUUUACGAAUUCAAGAUAUUUGGGCUCUGUAUAAAUUUCGUUAUUUUAUUAUUGAUUUAUGCUAUCGUUUGGAAGAGGCUUCUAAUUCGCAAUCUUUUUCGUCCAUUCAAGUCUAUCGGGGAGCAAAAAUCAAUCAAGACGAACUCGAACAACUCCAAGUUGGUUGUCUUAUAGCAACGAAUGGUUUUUUGUCAUGCUCCUCCGAAUGUAGUGUAGCAGAAAUGUUUAUUGCAACUGAUCAGAAUGUUGAUAGAUCACAUCGAGACAAACAGAAACAGUUCGUUUUAUUGAUCAUUGAUGUUGAUGGCAGAUCAUCUACGAAACCAGUUAUGGCAGAUAUCAGCCGUGAAAGUCAGUUACCCGAUGAAAGUGAAAUAAUAUUUAACUUCGGGUCAACAUUUAUUAUUGAUGAAAUAUAUUUUGAUAAUGAUAGAUGUAUAUGGCUGAUUAAAAUGAGACCGAGUUUGGAUAGUAUUCAAAUCAAUCGUGAAUACGAGAAAUAUAUUCACAUACGUCUCCAAAACAUGAAUUCAACUAUUUUAUUCGGUCUGAUUUUUUCUAAUAUUUGCAGUGAUUGUUGUCAGUCGAUGAGUUACUUUCAUCGUUUACUAAGAAUAUUACCCAUCGAUCAUAUCGAACGACCUAAUAUUUACUAUAAUUUAGGUCGUAUAUACCGACUUAUUGAGAAAUUCGAUAAAUCUCUUAUUUGUUUUCGAUGUGCGUUGUUGCUCAUUCGUCGCCGGAUACCGGAGAGAAUAUUUGAUUAUUGUCGUAUUCUUGGUGAAAUCGGCACUGUUUAUUCAUAUUUAGGAGAUUCUGAACGAGCAGUAAACUUGCUCAAGCAAGCUCUAAUACUUCAAAAGAAAUCAUUUGCCGAUAAUCAUACAGAAAUUCCAUUUCAUUUGAAUCGUCUUGGGUAUGGUUAUUUCCAAGCCAAAAAAUAUGUCGAUGCGCUUUCGAUUCUCCAAAGUGCUGAGAAUUUUUUUCGCACAAAAAUGCCUGUUGAUCAUACAGACUAUGGCCAGACUUUACAUUCAAUGGGUUUAGUAUAUCGCAUGCUCAAUGACGACGACAAAGCCUUACUUUCUUUUCAACGGGCAUUGCUUCAACGAUAUUCAUUACUUGGCAAAGAUCAUCCGUCUCUUGCAUCGACCUAUUAUCAACUAAGUCUCAUAUAUAACGAUCGUGGUAAAUAUGAACUUGCACUAGAUUACAUUCAAAAAUGUUUAAAUAUUCAAUUAAUCAAGUUACAACACAACCAUUCAGAGCUUAAACUGUCGAGAGAACUUCUUCGGCGCAUUCAACAACAUCAUUAA